GGGCUAAAAACAGACUGCAACUCUCAAACCACUCCUCUUCCUGGAAUGAAGGACAACUUUAUAUGGGUGUAAGCACCAUGUGAUUACAUGUAAGAGCUGUAACACACAUACACUGCAGAUCAGUGAAGACACAAAGCCGAGAGUGAACCUGACUCAUACUCACUGUUGUCGAGAGAAGAAAUGGCGCAGCAAGUGAUUCUGGAUCGAGAACAACUGAGCUGUUCAAUCUGUCUGGAUCUUCUAAUGGAUCCGGUGACUAUUCCCUGUGGGCACAGCUACUGCAUGAGCUGUAUUACAGACUGCUGGGAUGAAGAGAAUGAGAAGAAAACCCACAGCUGCCCUCAGUGCAGGCAGAGCUUCACACCGAGGCCUGUCCUGGUGAAAAAUACAAUGAUGGCAGAGUUAGUGGAGGAACUGAAGAAAGUAGGACUUCAAGCCGCUUCACCUGAUCUUACAUAUGCAGGACCUGGAGACGUGGCCUGUGAUUUCUGCUCUGGGAUGAAACUGAAAGCUUUCAAGUCCUGUCUGGUGUGUAUGGCCUCUUACUGUGAGCAACACCUGCAGCCUCACUAUGAAGUAGCUGCAUUAAAGAAACACAAGCUGGUUGAAGCCACCUCAAAGCUUCAGGAGAACAUCUGCUCUCGUCAUGACGAGGUGAUGAAGAUUUUCUGCCGCACCGAUCAGCAGUGCAUUUGUUAUCUUUGCUCCAUGGAUGAUCAUAAAGGCCAUGACACAGUCUCCGCUGCAGCAGAGAGGGCUGAGAGGCAGAAGGAGCUUGGGGUGAGCCGGGAAAAGGUCCAACAGAGAGUCCAGGACAGAGAAAAGGACGUCAAGGUGCUUCAACAGAGGGUGGAGGCUAUCAAUCAUUCUGCUGAUGAAGCAGUGAGGUACAGUGAGAAGAUCUUCACUGAGUUGAUCCAUCUCAUUAAGAAAAGAAGCUCUGAAGUGAAGCAGGAGAUCAGAUCCCAGCAGGAAACUCAAGGCUUCAGUCCUCCAGAGUAGGAAUUUACCUGGAUCACAGGGCAGGGACUCUCUCUUUCUACAACGUCUCUGAAACCAUGACUCUCCUCCACAGAGUCCAGACCACGUUCCCUCAGCCUCUCUUAGCUGGAUUCUGGAUUCCAUCAUCAUAUG